AUGAUAAAUAUAGUAGAGACGAGCGACGAAUAUGUGUCGACUCGAUUGCUUGAUGAAGAAGAAGGGGGCUCGGGGAGAAAAUCCCAACUGUUACCGGCGUUUUCAGAACACCUAGCUGGGGACCCAACGAUUCGUUGGACCAAGCCUCGCUUUACGGGUGAGAACGCUGCGAUUUAUGAACAAUGGAUACGUGACCGACUUGAGGAUCACACCAUUGAGACGGUCGAUAGAGCGAUGGUGAAAGCCAUCUUAAAUCCGCAUGUUGUUGGCAGACGAGUCACGCACAACUGCCAAUGCCUAUACCCGUAUACGAAUGACGAGGGCAAGUUCCCCAAUAUGCAAGCGAUUGGACCAGUGAUCGCAUGGGCGGCCGGACAACAGGAGAUCAUGAAGAUCGACUUGUCGAAGGCAUUCCAUGCCAUCCCCAUCGCGGAAGACCAAAUGAACUACUACUCGUUUCUCGGAACGGACGGCACGGCGUACAGGUAUGUGCGCAUGCCGAUGGGUGCAAUGUGUGCCCCAAAACACUUCGCAGUCGUAAUGAUGAAAGUGUUGGGACAGCUACAUGAUAUUGAUAAGACGNACGUAGAUCUUAUCAAGAUGACAUAA